AUGGGCGAAGCUGAGAAUAGUUCAGUGCUUAGAAGAACACUCAAGAGUCUUUGUGUUAGUAAUGGUUGGUCUUAUGGCGUUUUCUGGUGUUUCGACCAAAGAAAUCCCAUGCUGUUGUCUCUUGAAGAUGCCUACUUUGAGGACCCAGUUGGAGCUGUCAUUGAAAAUAUGCUAUUAAAAGUCCAUGUGCUUGGAGAAGGAAUUAUUGGUCAAACUGCUUUAAAUGGGAAGUACCAAUGGAUUCAAGCUAAUGGGCCAAGUGGGGAAUGGAAUUCUUUCAGAUCUACUAAAAAUAAACACACAUUUCAGGUAUUUCUUCUUUCUUUUUCAGUUUUUAGAGUUGAAAUCACAUACAUAUGUUGAAUUUUUUGAAGUUAGAAUUCUUGUUAUGUUUGCUUAUUUUGUGAAUUUUCUUUCACUCUACAGGAUGAUUAUGAGGUUUGCUAUCAGUUUUCCUCUGGAAUAAAGGUACA